ACCUCGCCUUGCAGCCGCAAGUGGAACCGCCCCAGGAUCUUGCGACUGAAGAUGUCACUUGCCAGACUCGAACGUUCCUUUGGCGGUACAAUCAGAAAUUGAUCGGAGUCCUACCCAGGCGGCAAAUUCAAUAUGGCAGCUCUUCAAGCAUACAGAAACCUCCUCCGCGCCGCGAGAAUUGCCUUUGAAGGCGAUAUCAGAAUGCUCGACGCCGCACGGCAGCAAAUACGACAGGGCUUCCGGGAUAAGGCGGCCCUGUCAGCGUCAGACCCAUCGAUACAGCCAGCCAUUCAGCAUGCCGAGGAAGUUGCCAGCUUCCUGAAAGCGAACCUUGUUCAGGGGAGAAGGGAAGGAGACAGAUACAGACUCCGCAUUCACGAAUAUACUGAGCGGGGAGAUAACGACACCGUCAAGUUGGGGAACAAGAACAUCAAAGUCGACGGUGUAAAGUGCUGCUCGGAGAGGUAGCACGAGGGAAGUGUCUGAUGUCGGACAGACGGACGAGGAAUGACUAGCAGAACGCAGUCAACCGGCAGGGAA